GUGUACUUCAUGAUCUUAGCCCUACUGUGUGUCUUCGUUCUUACCAACAGAUUCCCGAUGGAGGCUAAAAUUAGGGUGCCGCGGUUCAACCGAACCGUGAACCAGAGUUCGGAACUUGGUUCUCUCAGUUGGGUAUUGCGAACGGGUUUGAACCGAACCACCGAACCACGGUUCGGAACUGGUCCUCUAAGUUGGGGUUAUUGCAAACGGGUUCGAACCGAACCGAACCGCAGAACCAUCGAAGGAUUAAUUGCACCAUGAUCUUGCG